AUGGAAGAAAUACUUCAAGGUCAUAGGGAAAGAUACCUGCAAGUUUGUCAUAUGGAGUUAAAUGUAUUUCAAAACUUUUGUGAGAUUCUUCGAAGUAGACAUCUUCUAAAUGAUACUCGAGGUGUAAAGGUUGAAGAGCAAUUGGCAAUGUUCUUAUACAUCCUGGGGAAGAGCUCAAUAAAUCGCACAGUCCAAGACCGGUUUCAAUACUCUGGUGAAACUGUUAGUCGCCAUUUUGAGAGAGUUCUCAAUGCAAUAUAUAAAUUAUCAUUCGAUUAUGUUUACUUACCUUCAAGUAAUACACCUCCAGAAAUUCGUAAAAAAUGCAUGUAUUAUCCUUUUUUCAAGAAUUGCAUUGGGGUAAUAGAUGGUACCCAUAUUCAUGUGAGUAUUGGUGUUGAAGAGUGGGAGGGAUCAUCAUCGGAUUCUUCUGCGUUAAAAGCUACACUAAAAUCUGGUUUCAAGGUUCCCAAAGGUGGUGAUGAUUGGCUCUAUAAGGAGUAUGAUAGGGAUCUCGCACGUGGAUCAGUUGAAGGAACAAAUAUUCAACAUACCGAUGUAAACCAUCAAGCUGAUAAAAAUGAUGGCGAUGAACUACGAGAUCAUAUUGCUAAAACACUUUGA